AUGCAACAGGGAUUGCAAUACCUGCACUCGCUGGGUAUAGUCCACCGAGAUGUCAAAUGUGGGAACAUCCUGUUUACUGAGGAGGGGGGGGUUAAACUAGCUGACUUUGGGGUGUCUUCCCAAUGCUCUGGCUCGUUUAAGCUUAAGACCUUCAUUGGAUCUCCGUACUGGAUGGCGCCUGAGGUUAUAGUGUGCGACGAGACUCCCAAUGGUAGGUGC